AUCCAUUUACGCUACAGAAAGCAAUGGACAUAAAUACAGUUGAACUUGAGCUGAAGGACACAUGUCAAGAAUUAUCCACAUCAUUGGAAGGCUAUGGAAAACUACAGAGAUUCCUUAAGGGAGGAGAAUAUUACAUGUUUAAGCAUUCCACAAUGUUUGAGUGCACAUUUGUGCAGGUCUUGGAAAAUGGUUGUGGUGUAAGCAUUUCAUGCCCUACACCUGUACUCAUCCUGGCUAUUGCUUCUAUUGAUCCAACUCUCCCAGCUGAAGUUCUUUUCAUAGCAGAACUAUUAGUUAAUGAAGAUCCGAUUUGUGCAAAACUUGAACCUAUGAAGUUGACUAGGUUAUAUCCGUUAAGACUGGUUAGCAUUACGGUAAUCGAUGCAGAAAGUGGAAGGCUAAAGAUAACUUUUGUUACCGGGUCAUCAUUUUACUUGGAGCCGUAUGAUAACGAGAGCAGAGAGGCUGUGCAAUUUAAGACCUUCCUCAUAGACUGGCUGAAGACCAAGCAGAAAAAACAUUUGGAGGAAACAUCUAUAAUUAGUUUUCAGAAUAAAGUGAAUGAGAACGAACAGGACGAAAACAGACUUAAUACAGAAAAUGUGAAUUCAUAUGACAAUGGAGAACUAAAUCGAGGAGGAAGUUUGGAAUCGGGCAAAGACUUAAAUAGAGAAAAGAAAUCUAAGCUUGGCGCGGUCAAGAAUGUUUUUACCAGCAAACGGGCAGAGAAGAACAAGGCUUCGAAUGAAAUAAAAGAGGAAAUAUCUGGAAUUAGUUUUCAGAAUAAAGCAAAAGAGACAGAAGAGGAAGUGAACAACAGACUAGAAGAGAAUACAGAAAAUAUCAAUUCAUAUGACAAUGGGCAACUAAAUCGAGGAAGUAGUCUUGAAAUGGCCCAAGAUUUAAAUAAAGAAAAGAAAUCUAAGUUUCACUUGAUCAAGAAUGUUUUCACCAGCAAACGGCUAGAGAAGAGCAGGGCUUCAAAUGAAAUCAAAGGAACCAAAUUGGUUAAGAAGACUUCUCAAUCCAAGUCAUCUUUAAAGGAAUAAAAAGAUCUACCUUUUGAGGAUCUCAGAAUUUAAAAAACAAACAAACAGUCUAACUUAAGCCUACUACAUUCAAAUACCUGAAUAUUUCGUGGAUCCUAGCCUGAUUUUAAAAUGAAAGAUAAACACGAUAGAUGCAUCAUUUUCAGUUUAAACUGGUCCAACGGGAUCUUGAGGCGAUGCUUAUAUUUUGGAUUCCUGACCAAACCUUUUGGGACAAUUUCUCCACACAGACGCACUAUUCUAAGUAAACUGAGUAGUCUUGAAGUCUUGAAAGUGAAGCUGUUUAAGAAGAAAGUUAUGCAGUGUGCUCAUCUCUCUCCAAUAUUACUUACCUCAGGAGUCAUCCAUGUUAGGAAACCUACUGAUGAGGAUAAUAAAGUAUAGCAAGAUAGUGAACAACUCUUUCAUGUUCUUCACUUUAGGUACACUAUCCAUUUAGAGAUGUGACAGAUGGUGUUAAUUUAGCUGUUAAUCUUUAUACAUAUAUAUUGAGCAUUGUAUUAAGGUGCAAUUUUCUUAGGCUGAGAAUUGAAUUAAGGUUACCAGUUGCGAUACCAAACAUAGAGGGCAGUCAGUUGGCCUGACUGUCAAGCUGCACAUGCUGGGAGAGAGCUUCUCACUGGUAUAAUAAUGAAAUGGUUUUUUUUUAGUCUUACAGGGCUCUUUCUACCUAAUCCUCGACUCAACUGGCUGUCACGACAGCUAGUGUGGCCCAGCACGCAGAACUAUGUAACAUCUACAUACACAGAACAGAAAAGGAUAGAACAUAAACCGGUCCUUAGAAUGGCCGGACUAAUACGUUAAAGACAGAGAAUGGUCAAGGGAUAGCUGAGGUCAAGGAAGCCAGAA